AGUUUCUCAAAGAUAUUGAUUCAGACAAUCCACAUCGUUUCAAGCUCCGUUGCUAUUCUAGUAUAAGUACUCGUCCUCGAAGAGUCAUUCCUAAGGCAUUAACAUCACUCACCUAUUUCUAAGCUUCCCUGACCAGUAUGCAAACCUCAUUCUUCACCAGACUCGCUGCGCUUGCUGCACUUGCCUCUGUUGUUGUUGCAAUCCCUUCUGAUUGUACCCGCAAGAUAACAAUUAAACCUGGAGAUACAUGUGCCACAAUCUCCGCUCAACACAAAGUCUCGACAUACCAGCUGAUGAAAGUGAACACCGGCAUCAUUAACACCGCUUGUGAUCUGCAUCUCGGAGAAGAAAUAUGCCUUGGAAUUAAAGACAAAGACUGCGUUGACACCCACGUCGUGAAGACCCACGAGGAUUGCACCGAAAUUGCCAAAGCAGCUGGUAUCCCGCUGUCCACAUUGUAUGCGAACAACCCAAACGUAGAGAAGCACUGCAGCAAUCUAUAUGCCAAAGAGGUUCUCUGCACUUCGAAGCAAAUUUACUCCUACUAGGUGGUGUGUCCCAAGAGUUCGUG